UGAAGCAACUGAUGAAGCUUGAAAGCCUAUAUUCUUAUGUUCAAACGCAAGUAUGAACAAUCAAUUAUAAUCGAGGCCGAAGCGUGGACAUGGAUCUCAUGAGACAUAAAAGCCACCCCCAUUUAACCGACUGAUCGUCGGUCAGCGUCAGUGUUUUUUUAAAAGUCAUGUGGGUUAACUGACCAUACGGAUACACUCGUAGGUGAAAGUUUAUACAGACAUCAUGGCACACAGCGUCACCCAGGAGUACAUGCAGAUUCCAGCCGUCACUCGAGCAUACACGACUGCAUGCGUCCUGACAACUGCUGCUGUGCAGCUGGAGUUCAUCACACCUUUUCAACUCUAUUUUAACCCUGGCCUGAUAUUAAAGAGAUAUCAGGUAUGGCGACUGAUCACAAAUUUCUUGUUUUUUGGACCUCUUGGAUUCAGCUUCUUGUUCAACAUGAUUUUUCUAUAUCGUUACUGCCGAAUGCUGGAGGAAGGCUCCUUCCGUGGCCGAACGGCAGACUUUGUCUACAUGUUCCUGUUUGGUGGUGCACUUAUGACUCUCUUUGGUCUAUUUGCCAACCUGUUCUUUUUAGGACAGGCCUUCACUAUCAUGCUGGUGUAUGUGUGGAGUAGAAGAAACCCUUACAUUCACAUGAACUUCUUUGGUCUGCUCAACUUCCAGGCCCCGUUCCUUCCCUGGGUGCUCAUGGGAUUCUCGCUGUUACUCGGCAAUUCCAUUGUUAUUGAUCUCCUGGGUAUUGGUGUAGGACAUAUCUACUACUUCCUGGAGGAUGUAUUUCCUAACCAGCCAGGAGGAAGAAAGCUUCUUGCCACUCCUGGAAUUUUUCGAGCUCUAUUUGACGCACCUCAAGAAGAUCCAAAUUAUGCCCCCCUUUCAGAAGAUCAGAAUGGGUUGUCCUGGAAUGGGCGAGAAGGAGAGGGAGAAGAUACCGUUCAUGGUCAAGAUGAAGGUCAAGGUCCAAAUGAGGAAGAUCAUCAAUGAGAAGAAAUCUAGAAGGAUUCAGUACCAAUUUUUUCUAUGGACAGCAAUAAAUCUUGCCUUGCUUUUAAUAUCCUCCUUAUUUUAGUUGGGGGAGUUUAUGUCUGAAUGUUCUUUAUAGGGAUAGCUCACCCAUUUACUUACCCUCAUGCCAUCCCAAAUGUGUAUGACUUUCUUUCUUCUUCUAUUUCAGCUCUGUUGGUCCUCACAAUGCAAGUAAAUGGUGACCAGGACUUUGAAGGUCCAGAAAGCACAUAAAGGCAGCAUUAUAAUCCGUGUCUUCAGAUAAAAUAUGAUGUGUGGGUGAGAAACAGAUCAAUAUUUAAAUUAUUUUUUACUAUAAACCUCCACUUUCACUUUUACGUUCGUCAUGUUUUUGGCGAUUCACAUUCUUUGUGCAUAUCGCCACCAACUGGGCAGGGAGGAGAACUAUAGUAAAAAAGGACUUAAAUAUUGAUCUGUUUCUCACCCACACCUAUCAUAUCACUUCUGAAGACAUGGAUUUAACCACUAGAGUCGUAUGGAUUCUUUUAUUCUGAGUUUAUGUGCUUUUGGAGCUUCAAAGUUCUGGUCACCGUUCACGUGCAAUGUGAGAACCUACAGAGCUGAAAUAUUCUUCUAAAUAUCUUCGUUUGUGUUCUGCAGAAGAAAGAAAGUCAUUUGCAUCUGGGAUGGAAUGAGGGUGAGUAAAUGAUGAGAGAAUUUUCAUUUUUGGGUGAACUAUUCCUUUAAAACACUCCUUAUUAAAGGGAAGGCGCUUUAGUCUAUGGCCAUCAGUUGCACUGUGCAUCCUGGAAGGACAGCCA